ACGGAGAAAAGAUCUCUCCUGCACAGACCGGAUCUUUUGUUUUGUUUUGUUUUUUAAUGAUUUUGUCGUCCAAAAACGCCAAAAUGUUGCCUUUUAAGAGAACUUUUGAGGGCGAGAAGCAUCAGCUGCAGGAGCUGAACGGCCGGCUGGCCGAGUACCUCUCCAGGACGCAACAACUGGAGCGGGAGAACGCGCGUCUGAUGGGCGAGAUCAAGCAGCUGAGACAGGCCACGGUGGCGGAAAGGGAGCCGAGGUACAAGGCCGAGAUGCGGGAGCUGAGGAGGUGCGUGGAGCGGAUGUGUCUGGAGAAGUCCCGGGCCGAGGUGGAGAGGGAGCGGCUGUGGAAGGAGCUGCAGGAGGUGCGCGCGCAGUGCGGCCAGCAGAGCGAGGCGUGCAGGGGCAUCCGCGGGGAUCUGCAGGGCUGCGAGAAGGAGCUCCGGGACGCGCACAAGACCAACACUUCCCUCCAGCAGCGGUUAGUCGACCUCCAGGACGAGUGCGCCUUCCUGGAGGAGCGACACAGGCAGGGGAUGGAGCACCUCCGGCGUCAGGUGGGCUCCGCGGUGCAGGCGCCCUGCGUCCUCACGCAAACCCACCCCGGGCCCGCAUCCGCGGAGGAGGUGCAGCGCUACGCCCGGGGGCUCUCCGAGGGAUGGAUGGAGACCCUGGAGGUGUACCAGCAGAAGGUGGAGGAGAUGGAGCGCACCGUGCAGGAGGAGCAGACCUUGCUGAGCGACCUGAGGAGCGAGAAGCAGCAGCACGCCACGCAGCUGGACAAAUUACGCACGGACGCGGAAAAGCAAGGACGGCUUCAAGCGCGCCUGGAGGAGGAACUGAUGCUCAUGCAGGAGAAGUUCGGUCACGACGUGGGAGAAUAUCAGAUGAUUAUUGAGCAGCUGGAACGUGAGAGGAACAUGAUGGCCGAUGCAAUUGGUCAGAAGAUGCAAGAACAUCAGCAUCUUCUCCAGGUCAAGAUGGACCUGGGCAUGGAGGUGGCUGCCUACAGAGCUCUUUUGGAAGGUGAGCGAGCUGGUCUUCAAGACUCCCAAAGGAGGGUGAACCAACAUUCAAGAGAAAGAUUAAUAGAUAUCAAGAUGACCGGCCAACCUUACACUCCAAGAACCACAACCAGACAGCGUAUGGAUGUCAGGUUUACACCACCUUCUUCUCAUCUGAGAAGAUCUCCUGUGGUUCAAUCAGGGUCCAGAAGUCCCUCAAGAGUGGUUCCAAUUUCCCUUACAACCAGGACGCAGCAUCAGAGUCCUGCUUCGAGAAGGGACAUGAUCUCAUUCGUUAAAGCCCAGAGUGCCUCUUCUGCCGCCGUUUCCAGUGCCACAGAAGAUAAAGGAGUAGUAAAGAGUGGGAAGCAAAGUCAAAAGUCAAUAAGAACGGAAGAGAAAAUUAAGAAAGUCGAACAGAUCUCGCUGGUAGAGAACGAAACCAGUUCCAUCAAGUCAUCUGCUGCUGAGACCACACCAAGAAAAGUGCUCUCACCAGGGAUUACAAGCCUGGACACAAAACCAAUGAGGGUGAAAGAGGUAGAUGAACCAGAUAAAGGAGAUGACAAGGGGUUUAAAGAGGAAGGUAAAUCUGAGUCCACAAUGGAGACAAGUGAGGGAAAGGCAUUCAACAGUGUGUCUGUCGAGGAGAUCAUUGAGAAAGUCAUCAAACCAGCUGGUUUGGAAGCCAAGGAUUGUUCCUCUGGAGAAUCAAAUAUGACCUACCACGUAGAGAAAACUACACAAGAGGAUGGCUCGACUAAGACCCAGAUUGUGCUAGAGUCCAAAGUGAAAGAAGAAGUGGAUGUUUCUGUGGACUCUUCCCUGGAUCAGCUGCUGAGUCAAGGAGUGAAGAACGUAUCUCUGGAGGAUAUCAAGGACACAGCGACAGGAAGCAUGAUCAAGAACCUGCUAAGUGGCCUUAAGGGUCAGGGUAAUCUACAAAACAGGUCAGUCAAUGUGGAGAUCAUUGAGCAAGCAGUGGAGUCUUCCGGUGAUGAAGUAACAGAAAAGUGUUUUCAUGAGCCCUCGUCAUAUUUCCAAAUUGAGGAGAUGAAAAAUGAGCAAUAUGCUCAGAAGAGUGCUGCUGAUGGCAUGAAAACUAUGGUUGAUCCUAAGAGUGGAUCUGUUCAGGUUCACGAGGUCAUUAAGGAGAGUGAAACUUUAUAUUUCACCCAUGACCAAGAGCCUGAGGAGUAUUUUGUCUCCACACCUGAUGAUAAUCUCUCAGAACUUGAAGAGACGUGUGGCAUCACCUCAUAUGGUCAUUAUGGCAUUGUGGAUGACUUGUCUGAUGAGAGGUAUUAUCAAGAAGACAGACUUCCACAAAGCAGCGCCAUUGUUAAGGAACAAGACGACUACAAGUUUAUCCCAGGGGAACGUACCUUUCUCAGAGAGAGUAUUCCUGAAUGCAUCAUUGAAGAGGAGAUUCGUGUUUCCCCAAUAGUGCAGGAGUCAAUGCUGGAGUUCCUGCGAGAGGACUCUUUGGCGCCUAAAGAUCAGCUGAGGGGUGCUUUGGAGAAAUUACAAGGUUCAGUGUCAGGUCCACUUAGGGAGGAGUUAGCUUAUCUAACAAAAGUUAGCGGUGAAAAUCCACAAAAUGUGGCUGUGGACAUCAAGAAAGUGCAGAAGUCGAGUGACAGCGGAACCACCACCAUAGUCGCAGAGCUUAACGUCUCCCAAACUCUGGAGGACUCUGGGCUGCUAGAUGAUGACGAUUUAUCGGAUGAGCAGAUCAUGGAAGCUCUGAGGUCUUCUCACCUGGGUAGUGCCUUGCAGGGAGGUGCAGGGGAGGGCUACAGCUUUCGGAUCUCCAAAGAACAGCAAGUUAUGCUUGGCGAUGAGUUCGACUUCACAAGGGAAGGCGAGUCAACGUCAGUUCUUACGGAAAGACAACUCAAACUAGGGCCAUCAGAGAAGACCUUUAGCAUUCAGAUGGAGGGGCAUAGCAGUCAUACUGAGGAUAGCUCUGAUCAAGAGUGAAUGAUAAAAUGAGAAAAUGUUGCUUUCCCGGAAAGAAGAAUGGGAGUACUUAAUCACGCAUCACCUACCAUUCACAAAGGACACGAUAUCUCUUUAUUUGUCGUACCCUGAAUGGGAUACAGAGGGUUACAAAGGAUCACUCCAACACUGUUUCAAGGAUUCUUAUCAAUGCAAUGCCAGCCAUACUUCUAGGAAUAUGUCCAUGAAUGUCUCUGGGAUUACUUCUAUAUGCCAAAGUAAGAACCAUAUGGAUUUUUGCCUAUGGACUAUCUGACCUGAGAUGUUUACGGUUAUUGGAGUGGAAGUUGACUCUUUGCAUCCACCAUCAUCCAAAAUGUGUACCCUAGUUGACCUAAAAAUAGACUAAUUUGAAACAUAUCACAUGUCCUUAGUCACAUUUCCCCACUGUCCUGUGCAGAGACUUUCCAAUAUUAUGAUAUACAGUUGUGUGCGAAAGUCUUAGUCCAGUUUUGAAGACUUCAAAUACAGAGGAACAUCAACUUACGAGCUAAAUUAUUUCCAUGACCAAGCUUGUAACUCAAAACACUCGUAUCUUAAAUCAGCCACGUCCAUUGAAAUUAAUUUAAAUCAAUUUGUGCUUGCUCCACCCAAAUCACCUGUAUUUAACAUACUUUGGAAAAAAAUGUUUUACUUUUAGAUAACUAAUUAUGUUUGAAAAACAUUACAAUAGCAUGUACUACAUAUGCUUCUCCAUAUUUCUAUGGAUAAAUGUCCGUACUUUUACUGUUUGGGGCUGCAUGCCGCAGAGGCUAGGCUGUGCGUUGCAGACUGACAAUACUGUAGUCAGACUGACUCAUCUGGUUGGCUAAUCAAUCAGAAUUGUUGAAAAUGGUUUGUUUCUCUUAUUAGGUCGUCCACUUCUUCUCCUUUGCACUAUCUUUCUCAGUUUCUCAGGUUGGAGUGCAGGAUUAAGUCAAUCUCUGGCUGUGGGCUGUGGACAAUUGUUACUUCAACUGGUGAUGCGGGGAAGCUCGUAAGACAAAUUAUGCUCGCAACUUUAAAUCUAACAAAAGAAGCGGCUUGUAUCCAGAAAUACUUUUAAAUUGAGAUAUUUUAAAUUGAGGUACCACUGCAGGAGGACAGACUCAGCAGGAUUACACAGAAAAUUCCAAACAAUUUUUCACCGAACUGAUUGUCAAGGGAUGGCACGCAGAUAUUUUGGUGAAGAUUUGGAUAAAAGUGCUGAAACAGAAACGUAUCCUCUUUGGCAGGGGUCCCUAAACUUUUGACUCGGGUGGCCACAUUGGGUUGAAAGAAUAAUACAGAUUCAUCCUUCAGAACCUUUUGUCAAACCGGAGAGUAGCCCGCGAACAAACUGAUGGACAAACAAAACAAAAACACUUUGUAGUCAAGGUUUUACAGAGGGCAUUGACUAAAUUACACAUUUGCGCAAUACUCACUUUUAUUUUCAAAUGUAUUGCAACCAACAUGCUCGGUAAAGCUGCGAUAUUCAGUAAUCGGUGAUAUCGCAAUUUGUUGUGUUUUUACAAUGAAACACUUAACAAUGCAGCUCUUGUCUCAUAUCUAUAACAGCUGGUGCCACAUAGUUAAAAUGUAUCAAAAACUACACAUAUUUUCAUUUAUGAUAGUAUCCUCCUGUUUUACCAAUUGUUAUAGUAGUCAAAAGGGAUGGAGUAUAGCUGGUGUCGGGAAGAACUUUAUAGCACACAGUAUGCUUUUGGAAGUCUAUUUCUGUCCUAGCCUUUGCUGUGCAGGUUACACUUGUUGUGCCAUUCAUCACCCCACUCUCACAACUUUGUGUGCCAAGCUCGAGAGUUGAGUUGGGAGUUAAAAUGGGGGCUGUGCGCAGUUCUUGAAGGAAGCGGGGGGGGGGAUUAUGUUAUCCGCUUGUAUUUAGAUUAGUCCUCCAGAAUCUUUCAGAAUGAUAAAGUAAGUAUCAGUGUCGCGAAGAGGAAAUGGUUGCAGUGUCUGGACACUGUUUGCUUGACACGGUAUUCAAGUAGGAACCUUACAUAAGUGUGUGUUCAUUACCGCUCACUAUUUUUGUGUCGGCUUACUGGCGCUGGCUGAGUGCUCUCAAGGUUUUGGUGUGUUGUUUACAUGUUGAAAAGGGGUCAGGGAAGGUCACAUGGCUACUUGCUGUGUACAUUUCUCUCAAUAGCUUCUGAAUUACAUGUUGAAAAAUGAUUAAGAAAGGGAAAGUUCAUUUCAAAUUUCCUGUAUUAGAUCACCUGCUGUGUGUCUGUCAUUGAAUUAUUGUUCAUCCCAACAUCAAAGGCUGUUUACUGCUGCACUUUGAACACAAAGUUGGUACAAUAUAAAACAAAAUGUUACUUUUUUUUCCUCUUUCACCUUAAUAAACAAACACUGUGGGUA